AUGGCGAUGGCGACGCACACGGGGGUCGCCGCCUCCAAGGUCCUCAUCCUCGUCGGCGCAGGCCUGACGGGAUCGAUCGUGCUUCGGAAUGGCCGCUUGUCGGAUGUAUUGGCGGAGCUCCAGGAGCUCAUGAAGGGCGUAAAUCAAGGAGAAGGCUCGAGCGCAUAUGACAUGGCUCUUAUCCAAGCUCAGAUUCGGCAUUUAGCCCAAGAAGUCAGAGAUUUAACUUUGUCAAAGCCCAUUACCAUAUUGAGCGGCAAAUCGGACUCGGGAGGCAGUUUAUCGUCCUACAUACUGCCAGCAGCUGCAGUUGGAGCAUUAGGUUAUUGCUAUAUGUGGUGUAAGGGAUGGUCCUUGUCAGAUGUCAUGUUUGUCACAAAACGCAAUAUGGCCAGUGCUGUCGAUAGCAUGUCGAAGCAAUUGGAGCAAGUUUCAUCAGCACUAGCAGCAACCAAAAGACAUCUAACAAAACGCCUUGAGAAUUUGGAUGGCAAAAUGGACGAACAAGUGGAGGUCUCCAAACAAAUACGGAAUGAGGUCACUGAUGUUAAAACUGAUCUGUCCCAAAUUGGCUUUGACGUUGAAGCAAUUCAACAGAUGGUAGCUGGACUGGAAGAGAAGAUUGAGUUGCUUGACAAUAAACAGGAUGCGGCUAAUGCUGGUAUAUGGUAUCUCUGCCGAAUGGCAGGAGGUAUAAAAGAGGGAAGAAAUGCCAAGUUUUUCCAAGAAGCGGAUGAAAAACUCAAGCUCUUGGACCUGGCUCAUACUGAAAAGAAGCCGGUGAAGGGUCUGGAGUUAUUUCUGGAGAGCACCAAGGAAGUCAAGGCACUCGACUCCAAGCCUAAGACCAUCGUGCAGAUUGAUGCCAAGAAACCGAUGAAGGCGUUCGACGUGCCUGUGAAGAGCGCUGCGGUGCACAGGUCAAACAGGUUCUGCUUGAUUUGUUUGGUAGAAAAUAUAGAAGAAUAA